GCAAGUUUUCCAACAAGAGACUAGGAUCAGCUAUAUAGAUGGCUUUGAAAUGCCGAACAUUCUCAUUUAUCACUGUAGUUUUGCUGUAAAAUUAGCUAGUUAAAGGUUUGACAUAGUCUCCUUAAAAAGAAGAAAGCUACAUGAAACUAUGCGUGGCUGCUAGCUAGCUAAAGUAGCUAGCUAGUUGACAGCUAUUUAGCUAGCUUAACGCUAGCUAGCAAGUGACAGCCUCCUUGUACCAGAAUAAACGCCAGUUUGUCGGAGAAAAAGUUUGACAUUGACUAAAAAAGAAGUUUGCUAGCUAGCCAUAUGGUAACGUUAGUUAUAUUGCUAGCUUCAAACUAGCAAAGAAAGCUAAAAUGAUUUAUUCUAAUUUACUGAAUUUACAUUGACCGUAUCAGGGCAUCGUUUUACAGACUCCAGCAAGUUAGCUAGCGAAAUUAAAAUAGAUUAAAAUUAAUUUCUGCAUAGUUGGGUGACGUUAGACUGAUACGGAUUGAUCCGGCAGAGGAUGGCAGGCAGUGACGAUGACGAUGUGCCUCUCAUCUUGACCUGGGAUGAUGCAAACUGUGGCUUACUAAGCGAAGAAACCGAGAGAGUGGAGGUGGCCAGUGAAAAUGGUGGUGGAUACAACAUUGCGAAUAAUGCAGUGAUCCCAACCCCUGGGGCGCAGGACCACAGGUCCACCUUGGGCACGUUGAGGCAGAGCUGGGAAAUGAACUACCAAGAGGCAGCAAUCUAUCUGCAGGAAGGUGAAAACAAUGACAAAUUCUUCACCCACCCGCGAAACUCAAAGGCGCUGGCCGCCUACCUGUUUGCCCACAACCAUCUGUUUUACAUGAUGGAGCUAUUGACCGGGGUGCUGCUGAUGAUGCUGUCUCUGUGUGAGGCCCCUGCUGUGCCCUCCCUUCGGCUGGAUAUCUAUGUCCAUGCAACCCUGGAGCUGUUGGCAUUGGUGAUGGUGGCCUUCGAGCUGUGCAUGAAGCUACGCUGGCUGGGCCUCCAGACGUUCAUUCGCCACAAGAGGACCAUGGUCAAGACCUGUGUGCUGCUGCUCCAGUUUGUAGAGGCCAUUGUGGUGCUGGUCCGGCAGACCUCCCAUCUGCGUGUAACCAGGGCCCUCCGACCCAUCUUCCUUGUGGACUGCCGGUACUGCGGUGCUGUGCGCAGGAACCUGCGGCAGAUCUUUCAGUCCCUGCCUCCCUUCAUUGACAUCCUGCUGCUGCUUCUUUUCUUCAUGGUCAUCUUCUCUAUCUUGGGAUUUUAUUUGUUCUCCCCAAAUACAGCAGACCCAUAUUUCAACACUCUAGAGAACAGCAUUGUCAGUCUCUUUGUGCUCUUGACUACAGCAAACUUUCCAGAUGUGAUGAUGCCAGCAUACUCUAGGAACCGCUGGUCCUGUGUGUUCUUCAUUGUCUACCUGUCCAUUGAGCUCUAUUUCAUCAUGAACUUGCUUCUAGCUGUGGUGUUUGACACCUUCAAUGGUGUGGAGAAGAUGAAGUUCAAAUCCCUGCUGCUACACAAGAGGUCCGCCAUUGAUCAUGCCUUCCAGCUCCUGGUCAGCAGACAGCGGCCCAACGGGGUGUCCUUCAAGCAGUUUGAUGGGCUGAUGCGCUUCUACCGACCACGGAUGAGUGCACGGGACCGUUUUCUCACUUUCAAGGCCCUCAACCAGUCUGGCGCGCCUAUGCUGAGCCUGAAGGACUUUUAUAAAUUCUAUGAAGUGAUUGGCCUGAAAUGGAAGGCCCGGCGGAGCGGAGAGCACUGGUUUGAUGACCUCCCGCAUACCACAUUCCUCAUCUUUAAAGGCAUCAACAUCCUUGUGAAAUCCAAAGCUUUUCAGUAUGCAAUGUAUGCUGUUGUUGCGGUCAAUGGCGUGUGGAUCUUAGUGGAGACAUACAUGUUGAACAGUGGGUUCUCGUGGUCCCACAUAGUCUUCCUCACAAUUUAUGGAGUUGAGAUGCUGCUGAAAAUCACUGGCCUGGGACCCUUGGCAUAUUUCAGCUCAGGAUGGAACCUGUUUGAUUUCUCUGUCACUCUCUUUGCCUUCUUGGGUUUGAUUGCCUUGGCCUUCGACAUGGAGCCCUUCUACUUCAUUGUAGUGCUGCGGCCCCUACAGCUGCUCCGGCUGUUUAAAAUCAAGCUGAGGUACCGCAAUGUCCUCGACACCAUGUUCGAGUUGUUCCCCAGAAUGGCCAGUUUGGGUCUGACCCUCAUUAUCUUCUACUAUUCCUUUGCCAUUGUGGGGAUGGAGUUUUUUGCUGAUGUUGUCUACCCCAACUGCUGCAACACCAGCACAGUGGCUGCAUCCUACAGGCAAGUCAACAUCACUGUGGGCAACCGGACAGUCUUGGACGAGGGCUACUACUAUCUCAACAACUUCAACAAUAUCCUUAGCAGCUUUGUUACAUUAUUCGAGCUGACAGUUGUCAACAACUGGUAUAUUACAAUGGAAGGGGUGACAUCGCAGACCACCCACUGGAGCCGCCUGUAUUUUAUGACCUUCUACAUUGUUACCAUGGUUGUGAUGACCAUCAUUGUGGCCUUCAUUCUGGAUGCCUUCGUCUUCCGGAUGAACUACUGUCGGAAGAACCGAGAGCCAGUGGGCGACCCAGAAGAUGAGAAUGGCAUUGUGUACGAGGCUGAAGUGACUCGUGUGGAAGCACUGGCCACGCUGGAGCUGUACAAGCAGACCUGUCCUGGAGGCUCAAACCUCAACUCCCUGCAGGGGGUGCUGCUGAGCAUGGAGCGAACUGGGCACUCUUCGCUGGUUUACCUUGGCAGACGGUCACGUACUAAGAGCGACUUGAGCAUGAAGAUGUAUGAGGAGGAGAUUCAGGAGUGGUAUGAGGAGUACUCCAGGGAGAGCCUGCCACAGCCCAGUCAGCUGUCGGACCGUGAGAUGGACUGCCCCUCCCAGGAGGAGGCCUACCAGGAUGUACGCCAGUGCUCUCAGAGCAUCAACUAGCCACGCCCCCUACCCCAGCCCCGCCCUUCCGGCUUCCUGCCUGCCUUGCAAUCUCCUGUCCUCACUCAGUUCAUUAACAGGUUGAGAAAGCCCUGUCACUGCACCCAGUGGAGGAUAGCUGACAGGGUUCUGUCCACAGAGGGAAGAGUUGAAGGUGUAUUACUAUGGCUGUGCCAUUCCUGCAAUUCUGUUAAAAGCACUACCCCUCCCAGCACAGGCAUUACAUAAGAAAAACAUUUUUAUUUGCUUGAUGCCACAAGGAAUACUUUCCUUUCAUCAUAAGCUGAGGCAGGUGGGGAUGGAAGCCAUGGUGUGGUUCAGUACAAGGAAGUUGUAGUUAAGGACUUAUCAGGUAAAGCUUGAAGACAAAUCAUGCGUUUGCACUAGGUCGACAACUUUCAAAGCACAGUCACAAGCCAAUGUGAACUGCAGAGAGGCCUUGUUAUGGCAAAGGCCACUGCCCAGACAGACACAGGCUAAGUUACUUUGAAACUUGACAGACAUUUCCAACUGUUUUAAUAGUUGUUGUUUAUUUCCACAUCUGAUAAUGGGGAAAUAUUUCAAUUUGCAUUCCAUUGCAAUUUUUAAGGUAAAUUAUUGGACCAUUUUAAAAUAGUAUAAGCUGACAUAGUGAUAAUACUCCUUCCUCCCUUGAGGCCCAUAUGUCAUAUUUAAGUAUCUGAAUAAUUGCUAGCCAGGUUUCCAAGUACCAUUGUUUUGUACAAAUGAAAGUAUUACAAUUAAAGCUUUAAACUAAGGUGGAACUUCAUGUUGCAAAUAAUGUGCUUUGUAUUUUAUGCUUCGUUAGAUUUUACUGAAAUAAGAUGAGGCCCAUCAGUGUUCAAAGCAAGCUGCUAUUGUGGUUGACCAGGCACUUAACCUUGUCAGGCAAACCCAGAGCUGCAUUAAUAUAUUACAGCCUCUUCUCGCCUGUUUUAAUGGACUGUUUUCAGGCAUUGGCAUCAUUUGGGAGUUGUGAAUUCCCGGUUCACUGUGCUGUCAGCUUGUAUCUUGCUAUCAGAGGACUCUUUUAAAAAAAGCACAAGACCAGGGCCUAUCAAAAGGGGAAAAGCACCCUUAUAUGCUUGGCUUCCUCAGUCUAGCACCCAGGCAGGUCAUCUUAGGAUUCUAGUAUGUACUGGCCCCCUUGACUUGCCAUAUUGCCCCUGGGCAAGCAGUGAGUUCUUUCUUCAUAGGUCAGAGGUCACUCUGUCUAUGCCCUUCACACAGCCUCCUCGCUGCUAGCUCCAGUCUAAACACUCCCAGUUCCUUUAUUUCCCAGCAAG